UCCCAGCUGCCCUAUUGCAGAUCCUUGUCCUACUUCAUCUUGUGGUUCCAAAGUAGCCGAGUCACUCCAUUACUCCACCUUCAAUUCCGCCAAAUAUAGAUUCGCCAACUGUCUCCUCUUCACCGCCACCCUCCUCACCACCAUCUAGAUUAUAGUAGUAUAUAUAUGCAGCAACCAUGGAGCCUCUUGCUCAUAGCAUCCCUUUACCUUAUCCCCUCUUCUCUCUCUCUUUCUAUCUAUCCAAACACUCCCUUUCUUUCUCUUUCUUUUAUCCCUAUCCGUAUAAAAGUAUAGGCCUCACAAGUCCUCUUCAGUAUAAUAAUAUAUAUUAGCUAGAGUACUGAGUUAUGGCAUCAGGCUCUCUGAGUUCGCGUAGGUCGGGUUCGUCGUGGACAGCCCAGCAAAACAAGUUGUUCGAGAAGGCGUUGGCUCAGUACGACAAGGACACCCCUGACCGGUGGCAGAACGUGGCCAGGGCUGUUGGCGGGAAGUCUACCGAGGAAGUUAAGAGGCACUAUGAGAUUCUUCUUGAGGAUCUCAGGCGUAUCGAGUCUGGUCACGUUCCUAUUCCCAAGUACAAGGCCACCACUGGACGCAAUGGCAAUGCAGACGAAGAACAGAGGCUUCUGAAGUACCUUAAGCUGCAAUGAAGUCCAAGCCCCCCCUCUAAUGUUUUACCAGCAGAUCAUCUGUUAUGAGUAAAACGUCGACGUGUGAAUAUGUAAAUUAAUAUCUCUCUCUCCCCCUAUGUAAUAAGUCAUCUUUGUUUAUUCCAACAUCACUACUGCAAUGUAAUGUAAUUUCCUAUUUCAGAAACAUUGUAAUGUAAUUUCAACUUCACUUAGAA